AUGGAUGUGACCAAGAAAAGCAAACGAGAUGGCACCGAAGUCACUGAAAGAAUUAUCACCGAAACAGUGACUACAAGACUCACAUCCUUACCACCAAAAGGGGGGACCACCAAUGGCUAUGCUAAAACGGGCUCCCUCGGUGGAGGGAGCCGACUGGAGAAACAGAGCCUGACCCAUGGCAGCAGCGGCUACAUAAACUCAAGUGGAAGCACCCGGGGCAAUGCCUCCACCUCCAGUUACAGGAGGGCUCAUUCACCUGCCUCCACUCUGCCCAACUCACCAGGCUCAACCUUUGAAAGGAAAACUCACAUCACCCGCCAUGGAACAUACGAAGGAAGCUCCAGUGGCAACUCUUCUCCGGAGUACCCUCGGAAGGAAUUCGCAUCUUCUGCAACCCGAGGACGCAGCCAAACACGAGAGAGUGAAAUCCGAGUGCGACUGCAGAGUGCGUCCCCAUCUACCCGAUGGACGGAAUUGGAUGAAGUUAAACGUUUGGUCAAGGGAAGCCGAUCAGCAAGUGCAAGCCCCACCCGGAAUUCCUCCAACACACUCCCCAUCCCCAAGAAAGGCAUUGUGGAGACCAAAACCGUGAGCUCCCAGUCAGUGUCCGGCACCUAUGAUGCAACCAUUCUGGAUGCUAACCUUCCCUCCCACAUGUGGUCCUCCACCUUGCCAGCAGGGUCCUCCAUGGGGACCUAUCACAACAACAUGACUACCCACAGCUCGUCCCUCCUCAACACCAAUGCCUACUCUUCAGGAUCAGUCUUUGGAGUUCCAAACAACAUGGCAUCCUGCUCCCCUACUCUGCACCCCGGAAUCAGCACCUGCUCCUCAGUGUUUGGCAUGCAGAACAAUCUGGCCCCCAGCUCCUCUGCCCUGUCCCACGGCAUGGCCACCACCUCCACAGCAUACGGGAUGAAGAAAAACAUACCCCAGAGCCCUGCUGUUGUGAGCACUGGCGUGUCCACCUCUGCCGCCUGUACCACGAGUGUCCAGAAUGAUGAGCUGUUACACAAGGACUGUAAGUUCCUGAUCCUGGAGAAAGAUAACGUGCCUGCCAAGAAGGAGAUGGAGCUGCUGAUCAUGAAUAAGGACAGCGGGAAGGUCUUUACUGCCUCCCCCGCCAGCGUCACUGCAACUUCUUUUUCAGAGGACACCCUGAAAAAGGAAAAGCAAGCUGCCUACACUGACACUAAGCUGAUCUUGGAUACUAAUGGGGAUGUGAAGACUGUGUCCACAAAGAGCAAGGCGGCCUCCGCAGAUAUCCACGGCUACGGCUACGAUCAUCACAACGGUGUCAGUGGCAGUAAAAGUGGCGGUGGUGUUGGUGGCGCAGGCGGCGGAGCUGGCGGGGGCCCAUGGGGAGCAGCGCCCAAAUGGUGCCCCUGCAGCUCCUGCUGCAGCUGGUGGAAGUGGCUGCUGGGCCUGCUGCUCACCUGGCUGCUGCUCCUGGGGCUGCUCUUCGGCCUCAUUGCUCUGGCGGAGGAGGUGCGGAAGCUGAAAGCACGCGUGGACGAGCUGGAGCGGAUGCGGAGCGGCGUGCUGCUGCAGGAGCAGAUAGAGAAAGCCAGAAAGGACCGGCUGCAGGGGCUGGCGCCCGGCGACGGCACAGGCAUGGAAAAGUUUGGGCUGGAUGCUUCCGAUCAGGAGACGCUCUGGCUGUUCAUGAGGAACAAGCUGAUGAAGGAGCAAGAAAACGGCAAUCUCCGAGGAAACCCUGGCCCUAAAGGUGACAUGGGAAGUCCAGGCCAAAAAGGAGAUCGGGGCCUCCCCGGGACUCCAGGGAUUCCUGGGCUCUUGGGACAGCCAGGUCCAGAAGGACCGAAGGGACAAAAGGGCAGCAUUGGAGAGCCUGGCAUGGAGGGACCUGUGGGCCAGAGAGGGCGUGAAGGCCCCAUGGGACCUCGCGGCGAACCGGGACCACCUGGGUUUGGAGAGAAAGGGGACAGAGGGGCUGGUGAACCGGGUGUUCCUGGCCCACCUGGCGUCCCGGGUUCUGUGGGUCCCAAAGGUGCCAGUGGUUCUCCAGGCCCACAGGGUCCCCCAGGCCCUGUAGGACUUCAAGGGCCCCGAGGUGAAGUGGGACUCCCUGGCCUCAAAGGUGACAAAGGUCUUAUAGGACCACCGGGACCUAAAGGUGACCAGGGUGAGAAAGGACCCCGAGGCCUCACAGGCGAGCCAGGCUCCAGAGGUCCGUCUGGUGCUGCCGGGGAGCCUGGGGCUAAAGGAGCAAUGGGACCCGCUGGCCCCGACGGACACCAAGGCCCAAGAGGUGAACAAGGUCUCAGAGGGAUGCCUGGACUCCGAGGCCCACCAGGACCUUCUGGAGACCCAGGGAAGCCAGGUCUCACGGGACCCCAAGGACCUCAGGGACUUCCUGGAACCGCCGGCCGACCAGGUGCUAGAGGUGAACCAGGAGCUCCGGGAAGGAUCACGACAGCAGAGGGGUCGUCGACUCUCACUGUGCCAGGCCCACCAGGACCUCCUGGAGCCAUGGGACCCCCAGGACCUCCAGGUGCCCCAGGCCCUGUUGGCCCAGCUGGUCUCCCAGGACAGCAAGAGGGUGUUGAUUUACGAGGUCCCCCGGGCCCACCUGGACCACCUGGGCCACCAGGACCUUCCAUUCCAGGCCCCCGAGGCCCCAAAGGCGAGCAAGGCCUCCCAGGGUUCUCAGCUUCAGAUUCCAGUUCUCUGGGAUUCAACCUGCAGGGACCACCAGGCCCACCAGGACCCAAAGGUGACAAAGGUGAUCCUGGGAUUCCUGGUGGUUCAUAUCAAGGGGGAUCAUCAUCUGGCACCAUGUUCAUGCCGGGCCCCCCAGGCCCCCCUGGACCGCCUGGGCCCCCAGGCUCCCUCAGCGGCUCUGGCCAGGAGAUUCAGCAGUACAUCUCUGAGUACAUGCAGAGUGACAGUGUUAGGUCUUACCUAUCUGGAGUUCAGGGUCCCCCAGGCCCACCUGGUCCCCCCGGGCCUGUCACCACCAUCAAUGGAGAGACUUUCGACUACUCGGAGCUGGCUUCUUACGUCGUGAGCUACUUACGGACUUCCGGGUACAGCAUCAGCUCGUUGUCGGCUGCCUCCAUCACUUCUGAAGACAUCCUGGCUGCACUGCAGCGGGAUGAAGUGCGUCAGUAUCUACGUCAGUACCUGACGGGCCCAGGAGCCGGUGGAGAUUGGUCCCUCCAGUCUUUGGACUACGCAGAGCUGAGCAGCCGCAUUCUCAGCUACAUCUCGAGUUCUGGAAUUAGCUUUGGACCUCCUGGCCCCCCAGGGCCCCCUGGCUUGCCGGGAACAUCCUUUGAGGAGCUCCGCUCCUUGUUGCAAGGGUCUGAAUUCAGCGGCAUCGUUGGGCCACCAGGUCCCCCUGGGCCACCAGGGAUCCCAGGCAAUGGGUGGUCCAGCAUCAGCGUGGAGGACCUCUCAUCUUACUUGCACACUGCUGGCUUGUCCUCCAUCCCAGGCCCUCCAGGCCCUCCGGGUCCCCCGGGCCCUCGAGGGCCUCCGGGUGUCUCAGGAGCACUGGCAACCUACGCAGCUGAAAACAGCGACAGCUUCCGGAGUGAACUGAUCAGCUACCUGACAAGUCCCGAUGUGCGCAGCUUCAUUGUGGGUCCCCCAGGCCCUCCUGGGCCCCGGGGCCCACCUGGAGACGGCCGCCUGGGGUCCAUGGAUGGCUCCUACAGCAGCUCCUCGGCCAGCAGGAGCACCUCCUACAGCUCCUCCAUGGGCGUGGGAGGAACCAGCGGCGGCUCCCUGGGUGAAGGGGGAGCCUUUGGCCCGGAAGGGGGCUUGUAUGGCAGUGACAGCGACAGCAGACAGUUUGGGGCUGGCUUUGCUGGAGGUCUGGAUUACAACGAGCUGGCUGUCCGAGUGUCCGAGAGCUUGCAGCGUCAGGGCCUGCUGCAAGGGCUGGCCCAAACCAUGCAGGGCCCACCAGGCCGGCCGGGGCCCCAGGGCCCCCCGGGCAUCAGCAAGGUCUUCUCUGCUUACAGCAAUGUGACCGAGGACCUCAUGGACUUCUUCCGAACUUAUGGAGCCAUUCCAGGACCCCCUGGGCAAAAGGGAGAGGUUGGCAUCGCAGGACCUAGAGGUGAGAGGGGCCCUGCUGGGCCACCUGGCUGGCCUGGGCCACCCGGCCCUCAAGGGACCAAGGGAGAAAAAGGAGACAGAGGUGACCAAGUCUAUGUUGGGCGGAGAAGGAGAAGCAUCGCCACUAAGCCAUGA